UUCAUUAACUAACACACACAAAAAAUUGGCGGUUUCGUUUCCAUAUCGGUAUAGUAAUUCAUAUCGCGUCUCUUUCCGGUUUUACCACUUUCUGUUUGUUCCUCGUUUCGCUCGUGUUUAUUGUAACGUCAAAGGCUUAUUUGUCGGUUUGCGAAACUAUGGAGGACAUGUUCGCAAAAUUCGUGUCACAGAAAAUAAGCAAGACCCGCUGGCGGCCGGUAUCGGCCUCCUCACUGCAACAGCCAGAUGUCUUCGCCGCUGGCUCCUGGGAUAAUGAGGAAAACAAAGUAUCUGUUUGGACCACGGGGGAUUUUGGAGCAAUAAAUCUGGAUGAUGACUAUCAAGGAGAGCCCAAAUUGCUUUGUGAUAUCCGACACAGUGGUGAUGUGCUAGAUUUACAGUAUUUAGAUCAGGAGAGGGUUGUAACUGCUUCGUCAACGGGAAGUGUCACAAUCUUUCGUCACCAUCAAAACAAUCAGACAUUAUCAGAAAAACAGAAAUGGGUACGAGCUCACCAUCAUGUGGGAUCAGAAGGCUCAGCAGCUCCCUGUACCGGUAUUGUUUGCAGCAGUCCAGAAAUUGUUUCUGUUGGAGAAGAUGGUCGUAUAAACUUUUUCAGAGCAGAUAGCAAAGAUAUAGUGAGGACCAUUGAUGAUGCAGACAGCAGUACUAUGCAUGCUGUAACCUUUCUCCGUACAACUGAAAUCCUUACUGUGAAUUCAAUAGGACAGCUGAAGAUGUGGGAUUUGAGACAACAAGGCAAUGACCCUACCCAAAUUUUCUCUGUAACAGGAGACAGAAUCCCACUUCACUGUGUAGACAGACACCCUAGCCAGCAGCAUAUUGUAGCAACUGGCGGGCAAGAUGGUAUGCUGUGUAUAUGGGAUGUCCGUCAGAGUCGAAUGCCAAUAUCCUUGAUGAAUGCUCACAAGGCAGAAAUGUGGGAAGUUCAUUUCCAUCCAUCAAAGCCAGAUCAUUUGUUUUCCUGCUCUGAAGAUGGUUCUUUGUGGCAUUGGGAUGCCUCAGCUGAAGUUACAGAAAAGCCUUCAUUCCUUGGUGGAAGAAACUCUUCUCUUAUGUCCCGUAGUACUGUUGCACCCUCGAAUGGUGGACAGUUCUUGAUGUCACCUUGGCUCAGCAGUGACCCUACAAAGAACAACUUAGAAAUUACCAACCUGCUACCCAGCCCAACAUUAUCUGUGAACAGCCUGGAUGUUUUAGGAGAAUGCUUAGUCUGUGGGACAGACACAGAGGCCAUCUAUGUAACAAAGCAUCUAUUUUCAUAAACUGGCCCUUGAUAUCAUAGUUGGGUCAAAGACAGACAUACCGUUUCUGAAAUGCAUCCAUUCAAGUGUAUCUUAUCAUACUCACUUGUACCACAUACAAUAUACUGAGCUACCUUGCAUCAUAUUGCAGGUUUAAGUAAUUCACAAAAUAAAGCAAUUCGGUAAGUUAACAUGUUUCACGUUACAUUGUUAAAACAACAGCCUUAUAUCCUUCUAAAACACCACUUUCCCUUUUUAUUAGUUCCAGUUAUAUUUAAAAUAAAUCGUCAGUUUUUGUUAAGUGAUAAAAUAGUGCUUAUAUAAUGUUUAAUUGGACUUUGAUUUAUAAUUUUGGUCUGAAUUCUUCAUAAAAUUAAAAGCAUUGUGUUUUGUACAACAGAA